CUCUUUCUCACCACUAGGCGGCAGUACGCGGUCUGAAGACAGGCGGACCGUCACAUAAACGUCAGGAGCGAACCAGGAAGCUGUAGUCAGUACGUGGCCUUUUCCUCUUGGACACCCGUGAAAGGAGCAUCUCUGCAUUACAAAAUGGAGCUUGAAGCCAUGACCAGAUACACCAGCCCGGUGAACCCGGCUGUGUUCCCCCACCUCACGGUGGUCCUGCUUGCCAUUGGCAUGUUCUUCACCGCAUGGUUCUUCGUAUAUGAGGUGACGUCCACAAAGUACACCAGAGAUGUGUACAAAGAGCUUCUCAUCUCCCUCGUGGCGUCACUAUUCAUGGGAUUCGGUGUACUAUUCCUGUUGCUCUGGGUCGGCAUAUAUGUAUGAUGUUUCAUGUGUCAAAGAAAGCAACAACAUUCCAGUGGAAUCGACAUCACACUCAACGGGAAAAGGAUUUUGGAUUUAGGAUUUCACGAUUGUGAGAUCAAGUGGACGUUUUUUUUUUUUCAUUCAAUCAGUAAAAAAUAAUUUCUAAAA